AUGGAGUUGUGGCGCCUUCGACUCGGACAAUCGGCAGCAUGGAACUUAUCGUCGGCAGCAUGGGAGGAAGUUCCAUUGAGAGAAGCGGCGGAUGUGGUUCUACCACCAGUGGCGGGACUGGGGCUUAAGACAUUGGGGAUCCCGGGCAACCAAACCGAGUCAUUUGUCAACGGAACCAUGACGAUUGUACAGAGCAUCUCGCCGUUUAUGAUUGAGUUUGGCAAGGGAGGCUGUCAAGACCAGAAUGAGUUGGAGGAGGCAAAGGCGACAGCGGCGGGAUCGAAAUGGACACCAUGGAUAGGGUUCAAUAUCUACAACCCGGUGAUGAAUACGUGGGAGGUUGAGGAUAUGAUGAACGAUACGACUAUCGACCUCGGGAUCAACUUGACAGAGACGUUAUCAAUCGGCAAUUGGCAGGCACCAACGGUGGCGAUCGACUAUAUCAACUUUGCGUGGUAUAUAAUCCUCCAGAGCACAGCACCAUUACGACAGGUGAUUCUUCGGAAGGAUCUUGUGAGCUUGACAGAGUUUAUGAGCAAGGUUGACUUGACGGAGAGCAGCUCAACCAUGUUCCCAGUUGACUUGCUGUACGAAGGCUGGAAUGUCACCAGCAUCUUGGAUGAGAAGGCGCCGUUUGUCGACAAGGGCGUUGCGACGGUUGUGGGCGACAGGAUUGUUAUUCUUACGGGAACUGCUAACUCGUUCACGCCUGGUGAUACUCAGACGUCGCAGUUGCGUGGAUGUGACCAUGCCUAUGUGUACUCGACGACGGCGCAUACUUGGACAAGGCAGGAGCUGGUAAGGAAUUUCGAGUAG